AUGCAGCGACCGAGGAGCUUCUCUUUCUCCUCCUUUUCGACCGUCGCCGAUGCGCAGUCGUGCACCCCCUUCCAGGGUUCGCCUCUGACCAACUACAAGUGCGAUGUCAUCAGCGAGGGCACCAACAUCCUCCUUCGCGCCAACCAGACCUACAACGCCGUGGAUGCGGCGGCUGGCGCCAGCACCCGGCUGUUCGGCGCGUUCGUGCCACCGGCCUGCCGCACCGCCGCCAUUCGCAUGGUGUGCCUCUCCAACUUCAUCACAUGCACCACCAGCACCGGCCUCAAGCUGUAUCCGCCGUGCCGGUCGGUAUGCGAGACGAUGAUCCGGGAGUGCAGCGCCAUCGCCGAGACUCUGGGCGUCAGCGCCCUCCUGCCCGACUGCGACAUGAUCACCAACGCCACCGGCACGCCCUUGCCGGCCUUCCCGCCCGAUGGCACCCAGUGCAGCACCGGCCCGGAUGACCCCAUCAUCGCCUAUUCGCAAGCCGACUGUCCCUACCCGCUCCUCUACGACGCCGAUGGCGAAGUUGGCGAGCCUCUGGAGAUGUGCAAGCAGAAGUGCCGCACGACGGUGUGGUCGGACGACGUGUGGAUCGGGGGCUACGUGCUGCUCUACGUGUGCUCGCUGGGCAACUUCCUCACGGGCUGCUUCCUCCUCACCUCGUGGCUCCUCAACCCCAAGACCCGCCGCUUCCCCUUCAACACCAUCUCCUACUUCGUCCUCUCCCUCUGGCCCGCCUCGUUCGUCAUCCUCUGGGGCGCAUUCUUCAACAUGGCCGGGGAGGACAUCAUGUGCACGUGGGACGACGUGCCGAAGCCCGUGGUGAUGGACAACGCCGGCGACAACGACGGCCAGGGCGUGGCGUGCGUCUUCCAGGGCAUCGUGGUCUACUACUGCGUGCUGGCGUGCGUCAUCUGGUGGUUCUUUGUCAACGUCGACUGCGCGCUCCAGCUCUUCCUCAAGGUGCGCAUCGAGAAGUUCCGCUGGCUCCAGGUCCUCUACCACAUCAUCGGCUGGGGAGUGCCGCUGAUCGGUCUGGCAUUCCUGCUGGGCUUCGAAAAGAUCGGCUACGAGAACACGUUCCCCGUGUGCCAGGUCUAUCUCGACGAAGAUCCCUCCUGGUGGGACUGGGCCUUCUUCUUCGGCCCCAUGAUGUCCUUCACCCUGCUGGGCAUGCUCCUCAUGUUCCCCGGCAUCAUCUACCUCACCGUGUUGAUCGUGCGCCGGCUGGUAACGGGCGCGCGGUCGAAGCUGGACCUGUUCUCCUUCGUGCGGCUCUACGUGUCGCUGUUCAUUAUCUGGGCGUUCACCAUCUUCGUCUACGCGUACCGGAUUGACGUGGAGGCCACACGAUCCGACGUGAUCCACGCCGUUCGGUGCAGCCUGCUCACCGGAGAGGAGUGCGAGCUGGAGACCACCUUCAGCCACGGCCUUUGGUUCCUCACCAUCAUCGCCCUCACCAACAUGAUCACCCUCCUCUUCAUCACCCUCGGCACCACCAAGGUUACAUGGGAGUUCUGGCUUCGGCUGUUCAGUUGCAACUCUGAGGAAAGCCCGGGCAUGCAUGUGUGGUCGGUCAUCAGCGGGCGCCACCUCGAAGACGACGAUCGCGGAUUCGAGCUGCGCGAGUGUGACGAACGCUCGUAA